AUGUGUGCGGCGAGGCGGAUGCUGCUGCUGCUGCUGGCUUUCCUGGCCUACGCGCUGGAUUCGGCUGCGGCGUACGGCACGGCGGAGACCCUCUGCGGCGGGGAACUGGUGGACACGCUGCAGUUCGUCUGUGGGGACAGGGGCUUCUACUUCAGUAGACCGGUGGGACGAAAUAACCGGCGGAUCAACCGGGGGAUCGUGGAGGAGUGCUGCUUUCGGAGCUGUGACCUUGCUCUGCUGGAAACCUACUGCGCCAAGUCCGUCAAGUCUGAGCGCGACCUCUCCGCCACCUCCCUGGCGGGCCUGCCGGCACUCAGCAAGGAGAGCUUCCAGAAGCCCUCGCAUGCCAAGUACUCCAAGUACGACGUGUGGCAGAAGAAGAGCUCCCAGCGGCUGCAGCGGGAGGUGCCCGGCAUCCUGCGGGCUCGCCAGUACCGGUGGCAGGCGGAGGGGCUGCAAGCGGCCGAGGAAGCCAAGGCGCUGCACCGUCCCCUCAUCUCCCUGCCCAGCCAGAGGCCCCCAGCGGCCCGAGCCUCCCCCGAAACGGCUGGCCCCCAGAAAUGAACCCUGAGCAGCCGUCUCGAUUUUUGAUCUCCCGGGGGAGGGCGGGAGGACUGGCGAGCCCCGGCCCCCGAGCCCCUCCGUCCCCGGGGCCGCCGAGCCGAGGAGCGGGGCGGCGGGGGACCCUCACGCCGCUCCGGCCCCAACCAAACAACUGACACAGCAAGGAGGGGAUGG